AUGGUUCGGUUAGGGGCCAGGUAAAAUUCCUCUUGAAUGCCAGGUGAAAUGUCAGUCAAUGCACCCACGUGAUUCGUUGCGAGUCAAGCCGGCCGUGUGUUUGCCGGUACACGGCGCGAUAUUAAAAAGCUGUCGCGCCAUUCUCGUGCCAGCUUACACCGAUUAAACCGCGGCCGCGCAAUAUUUAAUCGUGGAAACGUUCGUCGAUAUAUACAUAUUGUAAUUUACCGUUGAAAUUCUGAUUUAUCGAGUUAACGUUCGAGUCACCUCCUUUGCAUCGACUAUUUCGUGAAGUAGCAACGAUUGUUUCUUCGCUUUUCGUACCGUGACGAUUGCUCGACUUUUUCCUCUCCUUACGGCCCUUGCACUUACAAUGCAUACAUUGUGAUUCUGGGAAACAAUAUCGAAGGUAUUUUGUUUUUAUUUUUUUGCUUUCUUUAAUUGAGCGAGGUAUGUUUGAAGAUGAAAGUAUAUUUGAAGAUAUUCUCGGAAGAUCGAUAACGCGUUUAAUUGAAAGUCUUUAGUGAAUUUGAUUGUUUCAUAGCAAUAUUGGAUGAAAGACCCAAUUAGAUUAGAUUAGACAGGUCACAAGAUUCUCAGAACAUCUUCAUUCACUAACUAGAAAAAGUAUACUAAUGUAUCGAUUAUUUUUAACAACUUUGUAUUAUUUUAAACUAAGAAUUUUAUUUAUAGGUAUCAAGUUAUAAUAAAAAUCUCUCCCAUUCAAAUUCUCUCAUCACUUGUAUGUUUGUAUCAUUUUAUCGUAUCAUUUUUAUCUACCGCAAGAGGCAGAAGAACGCACGGUAAAAAAUUCGGUUUUUAGCGUUCCACUUUCUCGGCCGCCGUAUAUAGAACGUCUGAUAAACCUUUUCUCUUAAAUUAAGGAUGCGUGUUGAGUUUAAGUCAGUCAUGAUUCCUCGCGCGACUUUCGAAGCGUGUACCGUGAUCUUUCCCUCCAGUGUUUAUUUUGCAUGCAGCGUGACAUGGAGACGACGGGCGAGUGGUUCUGUGAUCCAUACAUCCUUGGAUACGACGAGGCUUGCAUCAAUCUACGCACAGAAAUUUCGAAUGUCUGGUUUUACCUGCUUUCCGCAGAUUGCGCGCUGUGUCCAUACAGUAGGCUCAACCAGAUCGUAAUAAAUCAGAGUGUUCCCGUGACGAUCGAUACCGUCAGAUCCUCGAGCAUCAGAAUCGUGGAUGCCGAGGAUCCUAGCGAAUUUAUAUCCGCUAAAAAUACCAGAGCUCUUUGUCAUUUUUGGUGUACUGAUACUCGUUUUAUUCGGCCUGUCCGGCUUGAAAUCGUUGUGGCACGUGUGCAGGGAGAAAUAUGUGAAAAACAGAGAGGACGAUGCUACGUUGAGACAAACGGCGAAACGUCGAGUGAAGGCGAUCGAUACGGUUCGAGGCGCGUGCACAUUGUUGAUGAUAUUCGUGAACAAUGGAUCGGGCGGUUAUAAGACUCUCGGCCAUGCGACUUGGAACGGAUUACUUCCGGGGGAUUUGUUGUUCCCUUGCUUCAUAUGGAUCAUGGGGAUGUGUAUCCCCAUAGCGAUGUCCAGUCAGAUGAAACGCCUGGCAUCAAAAGGCACGAUACUGUAUGGGAUCAUUAAGAGGAGUAUCCUUUUGUUCCUAAUUGGAAUAUCUGUUAACACUAUGAGCAGCGGUCCUCAACUGGAAACCAUUCGUAUAUUCGGUGUUCUCCAACGAUUUGGUAUAACUUAUUUCGUUGUCGCCCUGUUAUACUUCCUUUUCAUGUCGAGGAAAUCAAGCAAGGUACAAUCUCCAAUGUUACGAGAAGUGCAAGAUUUUCUUCUACUUCUUCCUCAAUGGUGCGUGAUGCUCGUGAUAGUGGCCGUUCAUUGUGUCGUUACAUUCUGCUUGCACGUUCCAGGAUGUCCCACUGGAUACCUUGGGCCUGGUGGUCUUCACGACGACGCGAAAUACUUUGACUGCGUGGGCGGUGCAGCAGGCUAUAUUGACAGAGUGAUACUCACAGAAGCUCAUCUGCACUAUUCAGCUACGGUAUAUAAAUCUGGACCGUACGAUCCAGAAGGGAUUUUAGGUACUCUCACCACGGCGUUCCAAGUUUUUCUUGGCCUCCACGCCGGCAUAAUCAUGAUGACUUACAAGGACUGGAAAGAACGCGUAAUCAGAUGGUUAACAUGGGCUGCGUUCUUUGGCUGCAUAGGUUGUGUCCUUCAUUUCACCAACGUGAUCCCCGUCAACAAGAAACUAUGGUCACUAUCAUUUGUAUUUGUGACCACAUCUUUCUCCCUGGCCUUUCUCUCCGCAUGCUACUUGCUGGUGGAUGUCGUCAAAGUGUGGAACGGUGGACCUUUCCGAAUCCCUGGUAUGAAUGCAUUACUGCUGUACAUUGGCCACAUGAUGUGCUACCAAAAUUUCCCUUUUCAUUGGAGCAUCGCUAGCAUGGAAAGCCGAGCACUCCGUUUAUGCGAGGCCAUUUGGGGCGCUGGAUUAUGGGCUGUCAUUGCGUACAUCAUGCACGCGAAACGCACUUACAUCACUCUGUGAUAAUGUACUUUCAACACAUUUUAUAUGCAUAUUGUAUUUAUCUUUAUGCAAAUGAAGAGGAUGAUCGAAGGUUGUAAAUGACAGAGGAGAAUAGACUGAUUUGAAAUGAGGAUUAAAGUGAACUUUACAAAUAAUUUAUUUUACACAACUUACAUAAAUAUAGCACAAUGAUAAGAUCGAGGUAACGUGACGAGGUAUCGGUGCGAAUACACGUUCGCGUCGAUUCCUUUCUUUCUCGAGAGGAUGGCGAAACAGGGAAUCAUCGCGACCAGUCGCCGAUUCAGUUCAAUUUUGCAAUUAGCAGAGGGAGAAACCAGUCGCGAGAUUCGACACAGUGAAUAUCGUUAGCCGUCGAUCGUUCGAACGAUCGAUCGAUCUCCCUAAGGAUCUUCAUGUUCUAACAAUAUGCACACACCGUGGGAUUAGAAGGGAAGAAGAAAAGGAGUGAAGAGAAAAGAAAGUGGCAGAGGAAAGACGAAACCUAUACGGGGAGCAACAAAUACGAUGGCGUGACGUGAAAAAAAAAAAAAAAAA